UUUGAACAUAUCAUGUGUGCUGGUGGAAAGUUGCAAGGAAUGUCGAAACUACAGCCUGGCUCAACCUAUGGAGUUCAAAAGAGACAUGGCAGUUGUUCCCCGUGCUCAGCGGGCCCUGGGCGAGGCAGAAAUGUAGAUGGCAGCUGCUGGCUUUGAAGGACUUGCACCCGUCUGACCCUGCACAGCGCCUCCGAUUGCUACCAUGAUCUUCUGCAUGCUACUGUUGGCCACACUGCCUGAGCCAUCUGGCACCGAAGUCAACCCUGCUAUCUGCCGUUACCCCUUGGGGAUGCACGAAGGGACGAUACGAGAUGAAGACAUCACAGCUUCCAGCCAGUGGUAUGAUUCCACAGGACCCCAGUAUGCACGGUUACAAAGGGAAGAGGGGGAUGGAGCCUGGUGCCCGGCUGGCUUGUUGCAGCCAGAAGAUGUGCAGUUCCUUCAAAUUGACCUGCACAAGCUCUUUUUCAUCACCUUGAUUGGGACUCAGGGACGACAUGCCCGUGCCACGGGCAAGGAAUUUGCCCGCGCUUACCGGAUUGACUACAGCCGCAACGGAGAGCGCUGGAUCUCCUGGAGAGAUCGUCAGGGCAGGAAGGUGAGUGCAGUAGGAACCGAAUCGUGGAGCACACAGAAGUCAGGUCAGUUUCAAGGUGUUUCCUCAGUUACUAGGAAGGCUGGAUCCUUGGAAGUGACAAUUUUUAAUGUGUGUGGUUUUCCCCUCAGGUUACAAAGGGAAGAGGGGGAUGGAGCCUGGUGCCCGGCUGGCUUGUUGCAGCCAGAAGAUGUGCAGUUCCUUCAAAUUGACCUGCACAAGCUCUUUUUCAUCACCUUGAUUGGGACUCAGGGACGACAUGCCCGUGCCACGGGCAAGGAAUUUGCCCGCGCUUACCGGAUUGACUACAGCCGCAACGGAGAGCGCUGGAUCUCCUGGAGAGAUCGUCAGGGCAGGAAGGUGAUCCAAGGCAACAUCGAUACUUACGACGUGGUCUUGAAAGAUCUUCGGCCUCCCAUCAUCGCACGUUUCGUGCGGGUGAUUCCAGUGACGGAGAUGCCCAUGACUGUCUGUAUGAGGGUGGAGCUCUAUGGCUGUGUCUGGUAUGAUGGUUUGGCAUCCUAUAGCAUCCCUGAAGGAGGGACAAUAGCGGCUCCUGGCUUCCCCAUCGUUUAUCUGAAUGACUCGACCUAUGAUGGCUACCAGGAGCGCAGGCACUUGUACGGUGGUCUGGGCCAGCUGACGGAUGGUGUGCUUGGACUGGAUGAUUUCACACAGAGCCACCAGUACCGUGUGUGGCCGGGCUAUGACUAUGUUGGCUGGAAGAACGAGAGCUUCAGCACGGGCUCUGUUGAAAUGGAGUUCCAGUUUGACCGACCACGGAACUUCACCUCCAUGAAGGUGCAUUGUAACAACAUGUUUUCCAAGGGGGUGAAGAUCUUCCAGAAGGUGGAGUGUCUGUUCAAACCACGCCUGAUUGCAGACUGGGAGCCCGAACCUGUCGGGGUGGCAACUGUCUUAGAUGACAAAAACCCCAGCGCUAGGUUUGUGACUGUCCCCCUCAACCAGCGCGUGGGUAAAGCCAUACUUUGCCGCUUCUACUUCGCUGACACCUGGAUGAUGAUGAGCGAGAUUUCCUUCCAGUCAGACAUGGAGAGCGUGAAUCCCAAUUUUGUUACGGCAGCCACCAGCACGACUGAUCUCCUGGAAACAGAGUGCAACGUUACCGAGGGGACUUGGGAAACCACUUCUUCUGUAACCAGCACCUGGAUAGGAGAGAAAGCAGAUGACUCCAAUACCUCCAUCCUCGUGGGCUGCCUUGUGGCUAUUAUUCUUCUGCUCCUGAUGAUCAUAAUCGUUAUUCUUUGGAAGCAGUAUGUUCAAAAAAGGUUGGAAAAGGCCCCACGUCGAAUCCUGGAGGAGGAUGCCACGGUUCGCCUCUCCUUCUAUAGCUACACCAUUGCCAACAACCAGACCCAGAUCCACCAGUCCAAUCCCACCUAUGAACGUGCUUUCCCACUGGAUUUGGAAUAUCAUCAGCCAGCCACGCUGCUCCAAAAGCUUCCGGAGCUUUCCCAAAGUGCAGAGGAUUCAGUGUGCAGUGGGGACUAUGCUGAGCCCGACCUGACCAAGUCCACCCCUCACCAAGGCUUUCAGAACAACGUUCCUCACUAUGCUGAGACAGAUAUUGUCCACCUGCAAGGUGUGACCGGCAACAACAUGUAUGCAAGGAGGUCUCCAGGCUCUCUGGGCUGGAUUCUGCCUAACUCUUGGUUCUUUCUCACUAGGCACUUGUACGGUGGUCUGGGCCAGCUGACGGAUGGUGUGCUUGGACUGGAUGAUUUCACACAGAGCCACCAGUACCGUGUGUGGCCGGGCUAUGACUAUGUUGGCUGGAAGAACGAGAGCUUCAGCACGGGCUCUGUUGAAAUGGAGUUCCAGUUUGACCGACCACGGAACUUCACCUCCAUGAAGGUGCAUUGUAACAACAUGUUUUCCAAGGGGGUGAAGAUCUUCCAGAAGGUGGAGUGUCUGUUCAAACCACGCCUGAUUGCAGACUGGGAGCCCGAACCUGUCGGGGUGGCAACUGUCUUAGAUGACAAAAACCCCAGCGCUAGGUUUGUGACUGUCCCCCUCAACCAGCGCGUGGGUAAAGCCAUACUUUGCCGCUUCUACUUCGCUGACACCUGGAUGAUGAUGAGUGAGAUUUCCUUCCAGUCAGACAUGGAGAGCGUGAAUCCCAAUUUUGUUACGGCAGCCACCAGCACGACUGAUCUCCUGGAAACAGAGUGCAACGUUACCGAGGGGACUUGGGAAACCACUUCUUCUGUAACCAGCACCUGGAUAGGAGAGAAAGCAGAUGACUCCAAUACCUCCAUCCUCGUGGGCUGCCUUGUGGCUAUUAUUCUUCUGCUCCUGAUGAUCAUAAUCGUUAUUCUUUGGAAGCAGUAUGUUCAAAAAAGGUUGGAAAAGGCCCCACGUCGAAUCCUGGAGGAGGAUGCCACGGUUCGCCUCUCCUUCUAUAGCUACACCAUUGCCAACAACCAGACCCAGAUCCACCAGUCCAAUCCCACCUAUGAACGUGCUUUCCCACUGGAUUUGGAAUAUCAUCAGCCAGCCACGCUGCUCCAAAAGCUUCCGGAGCUUUCCCAAAGUGCAGAGGAUUCAGUGUGCAGUGGGGACUAUGCUGAGCCCGACCUGACCAAGUCCACCCCUCACCAAGGCUUUCAGAACAACGUUCCUCACUAUGCUGAGACAGAUAUUGUCCACCUGCAAGGUGUGACCGGCAACAACAUGUAUGCAGUCCCGGCCCUCACCGUGGACUCGCUUACCAAGAAGGACAUCUCGGUGGGGGAGUUCCCUCGGCAGCAGCUACGACUCAAGGAGAAGCUGGGAGAAGGACAGUUUGGAGAGGUGCACCUUUGUGAAGCUGAUGGCCUGCUGGAAUUCCUGGGAGUCUCCUCUUCGGAAUUCACCCACCAGCCAGUCCUCGUAGCCGUGAAAAUGCUGAGAUCAGAUGUCAACAAAACAGCCAGAAAUGACUUCCUGAAGGAGAUCAAGAUCAUGUCGCGGCUGAAGAACCCAAAUAUCAUCCGGCUCCUGGGGGUGUGUGUGCGCGACGACCCGCUGUGCAUGAUAACGGAAUACAUGGAGAACGGAGACCUCAACCAGUUCCUGUCGCAGAGGGAGAUCUACAGCAAAUUUGCCAUUUCAAACAAUAUUCCCUGCGUCAGCUACUCUAACCUGCUGUACAUGGCCACCCAGAUCGCCUCUGGAAUGAAGUAUUUAGCCUCCCUGAAUUUCGUGCACAGGGAUCUGGCAACUCGCAACUGCCUGGUGGGGAACAACUACACCAUCAAGAUCGCGGACUUCGGCAUGAGCAGGAAUCUCUACAGCGGGGAUUACUACCGGAUCCAGGGCAGAGCUGUCCUGCCCAUACGUUGGAUGGCCUGGGAGAGCAUCCUCCUGGGCAAGUUCACCACAGCCAGUGAUGUCUGGGCCUUUGGGGUCACCCUGUGGGAGAUGUUCAUACUGUGCAAGGAGCAGCCAUACAGCCUCCUCUCGGACGAGCAAGUCAUCGAGAACACGGGAGAGUUCUUCCGGAGCCAGGGCAGGCAGAUCUAUCUCUCCCAGACUCCUCUGUGUCCUAACCCUGUGUUUGACCUGAUGCUGAAAUGCUGGAGCAGGGAUAUAAAAGAUCGUCCCACUUUUGACAUGAUUCACCACUUCCUGCUGGAACAAAUGGAAUCAAACAUUUGACUCCGGAAAAAGAGACAAACUGUUGAGACCAGAGUGACUUUGGGUGUCUCUGCCUGUACCUCACGGAAGGCGGUGGGGCCACCUUGCUCUCCUCCCUUGACUGUUCCGUAUUUAAGUUGAGAUGUCCAUGGCAGCUGCUCAUUCUAUUGGCCAUGGUCUGACACGCAGGACCAGAGGAUCUCAUUUGGUUGGAAAAAAAAAAAAAAAAAAAAAGAAUAAUCAUCUCCUCCUCUUCUGAAUCAUUUUCCUGGGAAUACUGUGAGAGGGGUUUUAUUAGAUACCCAUACACCUUUGGGCAAAACGAACGAGGAAAACUGAGGGACUUGGAGCUCUCUCCUGGGUGGAAUGAAAAGCGGUGGGAGCGCUGCCGCUCAAGAACAGAUUUCUAGAAGUAAAGACUUCAGCCUUCUGAAACGAUUCCAUUAGAUCAAAUGGAAGUCUUGUGCACAUUAGUGAGUGUUUCCGAGUGCUCUUGCUACAGACAGUGAGAGAUGAGAAACGCCGAGAGCGAGGGAAGGGUUUGAUGGACCUGAGAACUGACGGAGCUGGAUUUAGCAACCCUUUGGAAGUGACGCUACCAGGGUCUACAGAGGACACUGAUAGAAGAGUCCAAGAUCAUGUUCUUUUUUUCCUGUGGUUGUUAAGCACUGCUUUUGUUAUAUAUGUGCGUUUUCCCCACACUGGAUUUUUUUUUUUCUAGAAAAAAAAAAAAAAAUUUUGAAAAUGAAUGUUCAAGGUCAUAGGAAGGUCACUACGGUGGAAGAUCUUCUUUUGGCCUACAAAUUAAGGCUAGGGUAGGGAGUCUGUAUUGAAAAGUAGCUGAUACUGUACUACUGUCACUAUGUAGAUUUAUUAGCCUAAUGAACUUGUAGCCACAAUGGACUGAUGUGCAAUUAAUCCUGUAUAAGUACCCAUUAAUAUGAGAUCUGGAAGUGGAUGCUGUUACCUGUGCAGAGGGCACUUGGGUUUUUGGUGAAAGCGAGUGGUGGGGAGCAGAACCCACCACGUCACUUGUCACAGUGAGAGGAAGAGGAGGGGAGACCGGGCCGUUCCCAGCACACUCCUGUGCACACACACACUCAGAUUAACACUUUUCUGGUUCCUCCUGGGGUCUGCAGUGGGGACGGUGCUGUCACCCAGGCAGAGCACUUCAGCCCAGGGUCCAGCCGGGGGACGGGGCUGACACAUCCCCUUAGCCUGGGUUUGGGUUUUAUUUCGGAUGCUCCCUGCACCACGCAAGACAAUUUACUCAUUGAACUUGGGCUUGGUUGGUUUUUUUGUUUGCCCUGUCACAAACAGCUCAUUCUCUGGAGGGUUUUGGAGGGCUCUGAAAUCCAUUUGGAGUGAGUGAGAGAAUUCAGCUGGUUUCUACAAUAAAUCCAUUGUGGAUUUACCAGGUGCCUGGGGAAUACUCUGCUAUUCCCUCUCUAAUCGUGUAGCAAGAUACUUAGGACCAAACCAGAUAUUUCCUAAGCUGGGAGAAGAUGAAAGGGUUUUGUUUUUUUUUUUUAAACAGCAUCUAGCGUGGCAUGUAUUUCCAGUAAAGAUAAAAAGAUAAUUUUUGUCUUAGCCACGAGCAUCGUGUGAACGGCUGUCGGUGCUACGAGCUCUGUAAGGGCACUGCUGAGAGAGGGGAUGUCAAAAGGGUUGUAAAACGAGGAUAAUUCUUACGUUGAAAGAAAAAACCUGCUUCUGAGUUGGCCGAUGGCAGGAUGGAGGGUGGCACGGCUGCCUCUGCUCCCCGGGCAGAGCAAACCCCCUCCUGAAGUUUCCCAGUUGCAGCUCACGUGGUAGGACCGUGCCCAGGUUGUCCUGCUGUCCUGCAGACCCGGCCUGGGCUUUCCCUGCCUGCACGAGAUGUCUCUGGAGGGUGUUUAGACGGCUCUGAAAUCCAUUUGGAGCAAGUUAGAGAAUUCAGCUCAUUUCCACAAUAAAUCCAUUACGGAUUUACCGGGUGCCUGGUAGGUGUCUCCACCCGAGCUGGUCCUCUGAGGAGCUGGAGGGUCCAAGUCAUCUCAUCUCCCAGCGAGGGCGACACGGGCUCAGGUGAAUCUCACCCCUAAAUAGAUUAUUAUUAUUAUUAUUUUUCUCUCCUUUGACUAGAGGGGCCUGGGGUGAGCUGCCGUGGCACACGCGCGCCGUCUGUCUGGAGCUGGGCCAUGGGGGGCAAAGCCAGCGUGGUGCCCCUGCAGCCUGUGGGGCACUGGUGGCUGGAAAACCACGCACCAGCUGCCUUUCUGGAGUUGAUAUUUCUUAUCCUCUCCCAGAAAAUGUACCCCAGUAACACACAGCCACGUGUGUGAUCUCCUGUGCUUCGGGAUGUCCGAGCGCUGUAACACCACCUGGGUGGCCUUUGUCCUUCUGUUAUGUCAGGACGUGCUGUUCCUCCCUUGACAUACAAAGUUUCUCUCAUAUCAAUAAAUUCUAACGAUAACCUUGA